UUCCGUAAAAUGCAUAUUUCCGCCCAGCUAUAGAGUCCGGAUGUGACGUCAAAGGUAUACACGCACAAUCAUGGCUGCCUACAGGAGCGUUGGAGUUGGGGGCAAUCUUUUGGCCUUUUUAACGAGAUCGUACCAUGGGCUUAGCAAAACUCCCGAUAUAGUGAAAAGAAGUGCAUUGCCACAUCAUACAACCAACAUGUUUAUCAGAAACAUGUUUGUUCAAACCCAGAACACCCCAAAUCCAAAUAGUCUGAAGUUUAUCCCUGGCCGUGUGGUGCUGGAAUCGGGGACCAUGGACUUUACUGGACCUAGAGAUGCUUAUUGUUCCCCGUUGGCAAGGCAGUUAUUCAGAAUCGAUGGAGUCAAGAGUGUUUUGCUUGGCCCUGAUUUCAUCACCAUUACCAGGGAUAACGGAAACACAGAGUGGAAGGUGAUCAAACCAGAUGUUUUCGCCACCAUUAUGGACUUCUUCACAUCUGGACUUCCUGUUGUCAAUGAGGCAGAUGCACCAAGUGCAGACACAGCUCCUUCAGAAGAAGAUGAUGAGGUGGUUUCCAUGAUCAAAGAACUGCUGGAUACACGCAUAAGACCCACAGUUCAGGAAGAUGGUGGUGACAUUCUGUAUCGGGGUUUUGAGGACGGAAUUGUAAAGCUGAAGCUGCAAGGAGCCUGUACUAGCUGUCCUAGCUCCAUCAUAACACUGAAGAAUGGCAUCCAAAACAUGCUGCAGUUCUAUGUUCCUGAGGUGGAAGGAGUUGAGCAGGUGAAGGAUGAGGAAGUGGAUGUAGCAGAUAAAGUCAAGGAAUGAAUUCAGCUGGCCAAUGUCACUACCUUAGCCAGCAGCCAAAGUCACUUUAUUGUCCAAUCUUAUGCGAGUUUGAUAGUGGCUACUUAGUUAUACAACUUUAAAGAAGACUGAAAAAUCUGUGUAUUUUUCUUUAAACACAUUAGAUACAUCACUACAUUUUUGGCUAAAGAUUGUUAGGUUGGUGCUGUAACAGAUUGUUCUCUUGUAAUAUAUUUUACAGAAUUGAGUUAUUUGUAUCUCUCAGUGCACUGUCAAAAUCUCUCAAAGCAGACCAUUACCUGUAUAUUUGAAUAAAUGUAAAUAGUACAGUAUUAUUCUAUCAUGUAAGAAAACACGCACAAAAACAAAUAAAGCUAGGGUUCUCUUUAUUUCA